CUCACUCUUUUCCUCUUCCAUUUUUUAGGGCAAUUGUUUUGUUUGAUAGACGAAGCUUGGGGUCUCUUUGGGUUUGCAACCCUUACCCUCCUGGAAAAAAUCAUAGUUGCUAGACUGCGACACUUCAGACCAGGUACGAUUAGAGCCGCUAAUGGACGACGAGCUAUUUUCCGCUAUCCGGAGCUCAAGCAUUUGAGCCGCUAAAUGGACGAGACUCCUGGGGUAAAGGAUGCAGAGAAUGAGGAGAAAACACUCGUAUGGAGCAGGGAGUAGGUAUUGUACUACUUCCUGGUAUGGAGCACUGAGAAGCGCUUGGUGACAUCGUCCAAGAUCGACAUGGAUGGCGGGUCACCUGCCGUGACGCUGUCGACGCUACUGUCCAGUCCCGCAUGGAGCCUGUGGCGAUGCCCCUCAUUUGUGGCACUUGUGCGCGCAGUUUUCGUCGGCCACAGGAUAUUGCGACGCACAAGUGUAACGCUGUUCGCGGCCCGCGCGCGCGCUGAGUAUGGCGUUCCCCGCCCGGUGGACAACACGUCUCCUGGUCUGCCCCGUAUGGGGCCACAUAGCCAGUCAUGGCAGUGGAAGAAGGAAGGAAGGAAGCUUUCACCGUCCAGGAGCGACACUGACUCGCACUGCUAUCUGGUGCUCACGAGGUGUUUGUCGCGCUGCAAACGGAGCGUCUCUCAUUAGGCGAUUUGAUCGCAGGACGAGAGAGGAGCUGAUGGACGAUCUCUCCAAUGUUCCUCUUGGUUCGGAGCGGCGCCAAGUGCUGACGUUGGGACUUGGCCGGUGUGUGCACACCGCUAGCUAAACCGACCAACGGCUACUCCCAGGGCACAAACUAUUCUGCUGGAGGCAGCGUCGUCUUCGGCUGAAAUUCCGGAUACAACCUGCAGGGAAGCAUUGUGCGCAUCUGCCAGAUUGACGGUUCCUGGAGUGGGGCAGCUGCCUCAUGUAAUCCCAUUCAACUGCAGUGCCAGUCUGGCUACCUGCCCUGCCUGCGUUCCAGUGGCUGUAUCCUGCCAUCACAGCGCUGCGACGGUGUUUGGUACGACUGUGCUGAUGGCUCUGAUGCACAGUACUGCCCAGGCAAGGUCACACCAGCUCCAGGUCAAACCGACUGCCAGGUCCUGUCACCACCGGCACUGGGCUCAAUGACCGUGAACGGCUUGAUGUUCAGCAACACGACCACGUUUGUGUGCACAUCUCCCUAUGUCCUUAUGGGCUCGGCCGUGCGUACUUGUGAAAUCAACGGCCAGUGGAGCGGUGUGCAGCCAACUUGACGCCUGACGACUGCUGCUCUGAGUGCGGCCAGUGACGACUGCUGCUCUGAGUGCGGCCAGUGACGACUGCUGCUCUGAGUGCGGCCAGUGACGAGCUAGUCAAGGACUCCGUCUCAGAACGCAUGACACAAACAUGUUAGCUCCCGCUCCAUGCCCAUUGUUGGAGCGACAGUCCUGGAAUCCAGAGUUGCAAGUGAGGUGGUGAUACGGCAAGCAGACGGUGGCAAAGUACGGCUUAAAAGCUCUACAUCUGGCAAGUGGCCGGCAUACCACCCCAAUGGACAUCGGAACAGUACACGUAGAGUAGCAUCUCUACGUGACAGGGUAUGAGCGCAAGCCAGUAUUGCCAAGCACUGGGGACCUUUGGCAACCUGAAGAAUGUUUUGUCCGAGAAUCGAUCCUUGGAUCUGUGGCGUUGCAGUUGUGGUGCUCCCGACCCUCUUGCGCGAUGGCCGCGGAGACUUGGCGAAAAGGUUCGAGACAUACGGCAUCUCAAUAUCUUCCACCACAAUCAGUACUUCAGCACCACCAUCGAGUGUAGCGACAUCAGCAAUAGAAGACGCACAUGAUAUCAUUCACCCUUACGUCCUUAGCGAAGACCCGGGAAUACCUGAGAAGAUGUUAGCCGCAACUUUACUGGAAAAGUCGUCGGUGACAACGGCACUCCAUAUUUUAGCUGCAUGCAGUUAGGUCUCUCAACAAGUGUACCCAAAGUUUUCAAGCUAAUACACAAGCAAAUUCACUAGGGGCCGAGUAUAUUUUCCUACACCUCUCCCUGUUUGUUGUUGUUAUUUCUGCAUUCAAAUUGUUUGUGUACCUGUACAUUUAUUACAGUAGAGCCACGCAUCCACGGCUGUUGUUUCCAAGGGGUCAGGCUCGUCAGUUACACAAAACCUUUCAGCAAUCUGGCCUUAGGCUUAGUUCCUUGACUUCUUGUACCACUUUCUUAGAUGCACAUCCCACUGGAUAGUGAGCAAUACGUGUGUAGCAGAAUCUGUAUUCCAGAAAAGCAGAGACUUGAGUCUAUUGACACUGCGUUUCUUUUUAAAACGUUAUUGGCUGUGGUGUUCCUAGAGGUAUACACGUACAUUCCUGGGUCCCACGUUCUGUGACGCCCGACUGUAUUCGUGGUGCCUUAACUUUUAAUUUUGUGCACUCGGGAAAACCUGCCUGAGGCUGUGAGGCUGCAGAGUGUUGGCUGUGUUUUGCUUUAAAAAACCAUCAGGUCUCCCCAGAUUUUCUAGUCUGGCCCUGAA